UGAUUAAAUCGAGACACUAAAUGUGCCCAUUUGGAAACAAUUCAGACCUGUCAUGCUAACAAUGCAUUGGGGCAUACUUUACAAGGACAUUUCUGAAGGAUUCCUACUUUUCCUGUCCGCAUACGGUCCAGUAUACUGUAAAUACAGUAGUUUCAAGCUUCUUAUGAACACACCCCAGAUCAGCCUGAAAACUGCAUCCCCUGCACCCGUGAGCUAUCAGCCCUGGGCAACAAAAGAAGUUGAAAAAGGCUUUGGAAUAUUGAUCCAAGAUGGAACAGGCUGAGGUUGCUGAUGAUUCUUGGCCAUUGUUUUCAUGGAUUUUUUCCUCUCUCAUUGUAUUUGGUGGUGUGGUGCCAUAUAUCCCACAAUAUCAAGAGAUUAAAAGGACUUCCAACCCUGAUGGAUUUUCUACUUGGGUAUGUUUGGUCUUGCUGGUGGCUAAUAUUCUCAGGAUCUUUUUUUGGUUUGGAAAGUUUUUUGAAUUCCCUCUCCUAUUGCAGAGCAUCGUGAUGAUCCUCACCAUGCUGACCAUGCUACAUUUGUGUUGCUCACUGCAGACUGUCAACAGAGUUUCCACUAAACAGCACUUCUUUACUGAUUUUGAAGCUGGAUACUUUUGGAAGUGGAGUCGAUUUGAAGAUUAUCUCCAAUUCUGUCUGUGCUUGACCAUCACUUCUGCACUGGUGACCUUUAUUUUUCUUGAUGUCUCAGUGUUUGUGGAAGGAAUGGGGCUACUGGCUCUACUCACUGAGGCUCUGCUGGGAAUGCCCCAACUGCUGAGGAAUCACAAGAACAGAUCCACACGUGGAAUGAGUGUGACGAUGGUCUUGCUGUGGACAGCGGGGGACUGUUUCAAAACGGCUUAUUUUAUUAUUAAAGAAACUCCUGCUCAGUUCUGGAUUUGUGGAACAAUACAGAUAUGUUUAGACAUAGCUAUACUUCUGCAGGUGCACUAUUAUAACAAGGACCACUCCAAGCAUGGAUAAUGGAGAUGACCCUCACAAGAGCCUGGUGCCAUGGUUACUGAAUUACCAUUUUGGAUGCAAAAAGUAUCUGCUGUUCAGUGUGAAGUAUUUUUUUGCUUAGGUUUUUGGAAUUGGCUAAUGUAUAAUAGAAUAGUGGAAUCAGUGAAAUCCCAUAGGAGGCAUUUUGGUCCUUUUAAAUUAAAUAGAUGGUGCAGGUGUGCAGUGUAUCAAUGUGGAGUAUACUUACCCAGUCCAAGUUUGCACUAGCAGAGUGAGUGUCCUAUCAAUUUUGCCAAAAUGAUUAGAGGUUACAAGUUGUAUAAAAGAACUGAAACUACAGCCUGGUGCUAGAGUAUAUUCAGAAAAUAUUUUUUAAGGUCAUUUUUGUAGAAAAUUACAAUUAACCCCUUGGUGGGCGAAGAUUUAAAAUAGCUUGUGGGCAAGAAAGCUCACACUGUUCCCUACAGGUGCAAAUCUCAUGACAGGUUUAUGGCAGCUUACAGCAACGUUUGUUGUAUUUACUGCAUGACCCACAUUGCCAGUCUGGAUCCCCUUCAUGAAAAAAUGGGGAAAGAUUAUUCUCAUGAUACUACAUGGGAAAUAUUUAUACAAAUGCAGAUGCUCUUAAUAUAUUUUAUUGUCAUACAAAUAAACAUUGUAAGUCGCCACAUUACAAAAGAUGCUUUAGGCAUUUAAACUGUAGAAUCUACAUCACAACUAUGACAUUUCUGUGUCCAGGUUUUAUAUACAGUGUAUCUAUAUGGAGUUCUGUUCAUUAAGCCUUCUUUUAGUUAAAGACACAACAAUCAAGAUAUUGUUGGUACUGAAAGAGAACAGCACAUGCCAACUAGCACAUGCUUUAGCACAUAUGUGAGCAGAACAGUGACAACACAUAAACUGAUUCGAUUUGAUUGAAAAGAAAAAUAUGUAAAUCUGUAUGUGUGUUUGUGUAUAUAUACAUUGUUAUUUUUUUAUUUCAUGAUUUUUAGAUCUUCCAGGGGUAUGUUUAUAGAUUAGUGCUAUGAUUCAUUCUGCUUCACUCCCUCCUUCCAGUUCUUUCCCAGAUGGCAGCUUGUGGGAUAAAAGCAAUUUGCGCCAAAAAUCCAAGAAAACAUCUAAGGAAACAAAUGUCACAGCAGAAAAUGGCAAAGCGAUUAGCAAUCAGUUCAAUUACAUUGCAGAGUUCGUGGUUAAUCAGAGGCUUUUGGCCAAAUAUAUAUGCAGAGAUUGUAUUUUAUUCUGGGGCAAUAAAUGGCACUAGAAGCAAAAUGUAUUACAAAUGAAUAUGGUAUUUAUAUAAAACUUUGACCUGGGACAACUCCGAAUAGAUGGAUGAUAAAUAAACUGAAGGAAUACA